GUUCAGCGCAGUCACAUGCUUGGGAUUCACUGGUGCCAUCAAGAAAAAGGAGUUGUGUCACUCGUCCUAAGCCAUCACCGGUGGAAGAGCUUGUAGAAGAGCUCAACUCCAUAUUGCACGAAGAAAAGUUAUACUGCCUUUCAGCAGGAUCCACAGAGGAAGACCUGCUUUAUCAUAAUGAAACUCCCGUUGGCUCCUUUGAGAUCGGUUAUGGAAGUGUGCUUCUUAGGCAUCCGAACUCGAAAUCAGCAGAGGAAGAGUCAGAAGCAAACUCUGUUCCUGCAGAUAGCAAGUCAUACAUUACAAGUGAAUCCUAUUCAGGUUCUGCCUCAUUCAUUGCGCAUAGUGAAAUCAAGGGAGCGAGCAACUCAAAUGCUGCAUCCGAGAAGCUAAAGUGGUCACCAAUGGAGACACAUGACAGUGCUAGGAGGGAUGAGCUUCAUUAUUCAAACCAGCAUAUCCUGGAGAGCGCAGAUUCAGCUUUAGUUUCAGUAGCUUUAGAGGACAAGGAAGUUGGAGGCCUUACCAAGUCCAGCAUGAGGUCUCUCAAAAGACCUUACGAAAGCCAGCCGCAAAGCUUCACAGAUGCAGAAGUGAGAGCAGGAACCAUGAGAAUAGCUUCUUCGAGAUCCGGGGCUAUGGCUUCUUCUUGUCAGUUGAGAAGCUCAUUUUUGCCGAAAUUUGGCAAUGCCACCAGAGCAUCACUCAACCUGUUCAUGUUAGCCCCAGAUAAAUUAUCAUCUAUGAUGAACCCCUCGGACAAGGAUUCUGACCAAGACUCGCUGCUGCUGGAGGUCCCUCGCAACGCGCGGCACCCUGAAGCAGAGCUUCUUCUCUGCUGCCCCCCACCAUCUCAGCUCAGCUCUGUGACCGUAACCGCAGCCUCUCCUCCGAGCAACCAUAGUCCCGGUUCCGCUAGCGAUCAGCUUAGGAACAGGCAUCAGUGGUAGUUUUGUUUACAUCUUGGUUCCUGGAUCAUCAUCAUACGAUACCGCUCACCGAUGAUCGUCCAGACGUGCACGUGCUGAAUUUGUCCGCGCUUGUUUUCUUUUGUUUGGUGUAUAUGGCUGGAGAAAUUGUAACUUGUAUAUCUGCUGUAUGUAUGGGGAAUGGAUAGAAUCUUACUAUCAUGGGAAAGAUGGAAAUCGAAAAAACAAAAGUUUGCAGUGCA